AGACUCUGGUUGGCUCUUCAACAGCAGGGGGAGGCACAAGCAGCCAGUGCUUUAUAUCCUGAUUUGGGCUCUUAACUCUGGCCAUAAUCAUGUAGGCUGCUUUCAGGCAGGAGCCAGCCUCAUCCUCACACUGAUCUCAGACCGCAUGAGGAGUAGGGAUGGCCGGGGGACGCAGAGGACUGGUGGCCCCUCAGAACACUUUUCUGGAGAAUAUAGUCCGUCGCUCCAAUGACACCAAUUUUGUUUUGGGGAAUGCCCAAAUUGUGGACUGGCCUAUUGUCUACAGCAAUGAUGGAUUCUGCAAGCUGUCUGGUUACCAUCGUGCUGAAGUCAUGCAGAAGAGCAGCACAUGCAGCUUCAUGUAUGGGGAACUCACUGACAAAGAAACCUGCGAGAAAGUCCGCCAGACCUUUGAGAACUAUGAGAUGAACUCCUUUGAAAUACUCAUGUACAAGAAGAACCGGAUGCCAGUGUGGUUCUUCAUUAAAAUUGCUCCCAUCCGAAACGAACAGGACAAAGUUGUACUUUUUCUCUGCACCUUCAGUGAUAUCACUGCAUUCAAGCAGCCUAUUGAAGAUGACUCAUCUAAAGGCUGGGGUAAGUUUGCUCGCCUGACACGGGCGUUGACCAGCAGCCGUGGUGUUUUACAGCAGCUGGCGCCGACUGUCCACAAGGGCGAGAACGUCCACAAGCACUCCCGUCUGGCUGAGGUACUGCAGCUAGGCUCGGACAUCCUCCCGCAAUACAAGCAAGAGGCUCCGAAAACGCCUCCUCACAUCAUCCUGCAUUACUGCACCUUCAAAACUACCUGGGACUGGGUGAUUCUCAUCCUCACCUUCUACACGGCCAUAAUGGUGCCCUACAAUGUGUCCUUCAAGACCAAACAAAACAACGUCACCUGGCUGGUAGUAGACAGCAUUGUGGAUGUGAUUUUCCUGGUGGACAUUGUGCUCAACUUCCACACAACCUUUGUUGGACCCGCUGGGGAGGUGAUCUCAGACCCAAAGCUCAUCCGCAUGAACUACGUGAAGACCUGGUUCGUCAUUGACCUCCUCUCCUGUCUUCCUUAUGAUGUCAUUAAUGCCUUUGAGAACGUUGACGAGGGCAUCAGCAGCCUCUUCAGUUCUCUGAAGGUGGUGCGUUUGUUGCGACUCGGGCGUGUGGCCCGCAAGCUGGACCACUACAUUGAAUAUGGUGCGGCGGUGCUGGUGUUGCUGGUUUGUGUGUUCGGCCUGGCCGCCCACUGGCUAGCCUGCAUCUGGUACAGCAUCGGUGACUAUGAGGUCAUAGAUGAGGAAGCCAACAUGGUCCGUACGGACAGCUGGCUGUAUCUUCUGGGAGAAUCUGUUGGUACACCAUAUCGCUUCAACGCCAGUGGCACGGGGAAGUGGGAAGGGGGUCCCAGCAAAGAUUCGGUCUACAUCACGUCAUUGUAUUUCACCAUGACCAGCCUGACCAGUAUUGGCUUUGGGAACAUCGCCCCCACCACAGAUGGAGAGAAGAUCUUUGCCGUGGCCAUGAUGAUGAUUGGCUCUCUCCUUUAUGCCACCAUCUUUGGUAAUGUAACCACCAUCUUCCAGCAAAUGUAUGCCAACACCAACCGCUACCAUGAGAUGUUAAACAGCGUGAGAGACUUCCUGAAGCUCUACCAGGUUCCCAAGGGCCUCAGUGAGAGGGUCAUGGACUAUAUCGUCUCGACAUGGUCUAUGUCCAGAGGAAUUGACACUGAUAAGGUGUUGCAAAUUUGCCCCAAAGACAUGCGAGCAGACAUCUGCGUUCAUCUCAACAGGAAGGUGUUCAAAGAACAUCCGGCUUUCCGUCUGGCCAGCGACGGCUGUUUAAGAGCCCUUGCCAUGGAGUUUCAGACCAUCCACUGCGCCCCGGGCGACCUCAUCUACCACGCUGGUGAAAGCGUGGACAGCCUCUGCUUUGUCGUGUCAGGGUCUUUGGAGGUCAUCCAGGACGAUGAAGUCGUUGCUAUUUUGGGAAAGGGAGAUGUAUUCGGGGAUGUGUUCUGGAAAGAGGUGAAUUUAGCUCAGGCUUGUGCAAACGUUCGUGCACUGACCUACUGCGAUCUUCACAUCAUCAAGCGUGAUGCCUUACAGAAGGUUCUGGAAUUCUACACAGCCUUUGCCGGCCACUUCUCACGGAAUCUGGUGCUAACCUACAACCUGAGGAAGAGGAUCGUCUUCCGUAAAAUAAGUGACGUCAAGCGGGAGGAAGAGGAAAUGCUGCGAAGGAAGAAUGAAGCCCCUCUGAAUCUUCCUCCAGAUCACCCUGUGCGGCGUCUCUUCCAGCGAUUCCGCCAGCAGAGAGAGGCCCGUCUGGCGGCGGAGCGAGCAAGUCAAGGAGAACAGGAUGUCGAGAAAGGCAGAGUGGAGACUAUGAUGCCAACUAGCAUCAUCACGGUCACUGAAAGUCCAGCCUCUCCAGUUACGUCUUCACCCACUUCAUCAUCAUCAACAUCAUGUCGAGCAAAACGUUACACUCCCUUGGCUCCUAAUGGAAACUAUACAAGAAAUAAGUCAGCAGAACCACUCAAAAACAAAGGCUGGGGUCGGUUUAAAGAUGCCACAGCCAAGUCUGAUCUCUCCUGGUGUCCUGUGUCCAAAGCCGAGUCCAUGGAGAUGCUACCAGACAGGACUAAGUCGCAAGAUGAACUGUCCCUCAAGAAGACGGACUCGUGCGACAGUGGCAUCACAAAGAGUGACCUGCGACUCGACAAUAUGGGUGACAGUAGCACUCGAACCCCUCAGGAUCGGAGCCCCAUGCAGCCUGAGGGGAAACGAAUUUUCCACCCCAUUCCUGAACACAGUCUUCAGGCCUGCUUUACAGAACUGAAACAGGAGCUACAAGGAGACAUCCACUCCCUCAGCAGCAGAAUGAGCGCACUUGAAGCGCAGCUUGCAGAGAUGCUCCAACUUCUCAAAGACAGAAAGACCUCAGGAUCUUCGAACUUGUUUGACAUAUCAAGGCCGGACUCUCCAGAUUCAGAAAAGGACAUGUUCUCCUAGCUGUGUUUUAUGUCUGAUGCAAUGGGCUGAAGGGAAGAUGGUUUGAUCCUGUUCUAGUCCAAGCCAAACUGACCUCAACUAGUAUUUUACUUUAAAGGUGAAGUAUGCAGGAUUUGUUAUGUUAAAAUACAUUCUCUUCACCCAGUUUAUUGUUGAUUGACUACUGUUAUUUUGUCAUUCAUGAGUUUCUGAAAAGUGUAAACAUUGAGCCUCGCAGGCACCAUCAAAGCAUUAAGAGCAUCUAUGGCUGCUGUUGCAGGCUGAGAGUUUGGGGCAUGGCUAUUGUAGCAGGCUGAAAGUUUGGGGUGUGGCUACUGUAGCAGGUUGAGAGUUUGGGGCGUGGCUACUGUAGCAGGCUGAGAGUCGGGGGGCGUGGCUACUGUAGAAGGCUGAGAGUUUGGGGCGUGGCUACUAUUGCUGGCUAAGAGUUCAGGGCAUGGCUACUGUAGCAGGCAGAGAUAGAGUAAUGAUCUACAGUAGACUCUUCAGUACCACAGCAUCAUCAUGCACCCAUUCAGAAAGAUAAAUGUACUGGUUUAUAUUGUUUAUUUAGAUGUGUCCAGUGUAGACAGCAUCAUGUCAAAAAAUGCACCCAUGUGCAGAUAUGUUGGAUGGGUUUAUUAUAAGCAAGAUGCUCACUUUCGCUCUAGACAGAGUGUGUUACUCCAUUGCUUACUCAUGAAAUAGCAACACAACUAAAAGUACUCUUAAUAUGUUGGACCUUUUAUUGAAAGUAGCCAACAUGCCUUAACAAGCCCCUGUAAGAGCAGUCUGUGAUGUUUGAGUUGGGGGAGGCACGGCACGUAAAAGGGGCAUUUGCAAGGAUGUUUGAAGAAAUGCUUUAUUUUUGUAAUUCCGCUAGGUGCCACUAAUGUUGCAGAAAUGACAUACUUCACCUUUAAAGAUGAAGAGUGUAAUUUUUUCUGUGUUAAAGUACUUUAUUCUUUUGUCUGAGCCAUAACCUAGUGGGCAGCACUCAUAUGGUGUAACGCUGCUUUGGCUCGUUAUUUUUGCAGUUCUGUUUGUUGGAACAAGAAUUACACAUUUCAGCUAUAAUAAGCAACACAUUAAUGAAUAUAUGGAACUUACAUAUAAUGGAAUAUACCAGUAUAUUACUAUAAAACCAGUUGUCAAUUUUUGUACAGUCAUCUAAAUCAACAUAUAUUUGUAUUUGUGAGAUGUACAACUGCCGUCUGUCUUUUUCUCACAUCUGUCAAAUCAUAUGUCAGAUUUCAAUGUCAGAUCAUUUGUCAGUCAAUCAAGCAAAAGACAAAGCUGAUUAUAAUGAUUUAAACAAUGGGCCCCAUUCAUGAACAAGAGCAGAAUUAAUUUCUGUGUAAAAUUACUGAGUAGAAUUAUUGCAUUCAAUAAAUGUGACAAAUUAUGAAUAAUUUUGUGAAUCAUGAAUGAUGAGCUCUUGUUUUAUGGAUAGGCCCUUGUUCAACAGUUAGUAAAAUUGUACCACCUUGCACGUACUGUUGAAGCCACAUUUUAAAAAUCUUACUAAAAAUCAUAAACCUGGUAAUUGUACGUUUGGAAAUGAAUGCUGAAUAUAAAUUUUUCGACUUGUUUUUUUGUUUUGUUUUAUACUAUGUAGCCUGUUAUUGUGAUAAAAUGCUGUGCUUUUAAUAAUGUGACAACAUGCAAUAUAGCAAUAGUGACAAAUGCAAAAUAACCAAAAUUCCACUGUCUGUGAAUUCUUGGAGGAUGACAAGUGUAUUGCACUGUUUGUUUUAUAUUUUUAACUGCUUCGUAACUCUGUCUCUUUUAUUUUAGAUAAAGUUCAACAAAGUUAAAGAAAAUAGUUAAGUGAAAUUGUUAUGCUAAACUUGGGAAUAUCAAAAAGUGUAUUAAGUAUAAUUUUUAGCAGAUGCAUGAAGCUAACAAAUUAGAUCUUGGAUAAGCAAUACUGAUAACUGCUUAAGUAUAUAAAUAAGAAAAAUGCCAUGGUCUGGAGUUACAUCAAAAGAAAUGAAGCAUGAAAUAGGUACAGUAGUGUUCAUUUAGCAUGUGCUUUUUAGCAAUCUUGCCAAAAAUCUAUUCCCUUUUAAAAAGUGUGAAGUCCCUUUUGUUUUGUAAAUGUCAUUUCCAAGAAAGUGUAGGACAGUGGUAUAUCAUAGCUUGUCCAAAACGUUGAAGUGUUAAACUCUUGAACGUUUUGCAAAAUUUGCACUGCACAACUUUAAUGUUUGAUUCAUUGUAUAUCCUGUAUGCAGAAUUAAUCAGUGUACACACUGUGAAACUGUGAAAGACUUGAUGGGACUUAAUGAUUGUAUUUUCUUUUUUAGUCUGAUUUAAGUCUGAAGAUAAUCAGAAAAUAAACGGAAAGUGUGGCUGUUCCACACUUUCCGUAAAUGGAAAGUGUGGAACAGCCACUUUGGAAUUGAAAAUUGUGCAACGUGAUUAAUAAAAACCUUAAUCAUAUGCAAGGCAAUGAUUUAACAUUUUAAAAAAUAUAUUGAAAGCUGAGUCAGUUCAAUUUUCCUUUGCUCUGAUAUGUAAGCCUUUUAGUAUCAAUGUAGAAGACUGCAAUUACAGCAAAUACAGAUAAAUAAGAGAGAAUAACAUGAAUGUAGCAUAUAUGAAAACUUAAAAUGAACAACAUCUUUUGUUUGUUGCUGUGAGUUUUCACUUUGUGCACAAAUGUGUAUUUUUUUAAUGUCUUAAUUUUUUUAUUUUUUAAUGUUUAAUUUUUUAAUGUAUUAAUGUCUUUUCUAAAGUCUGUGCUAAAGUCUUUCAUGUGAAAUCUUUUUUUCAAGUGAUGACACAAUUGUUAGAUCUCAUUUUUAUUAUCUUAAAAGAAAUAUAAAUUACAGGAAUUGUACUUAUUUUUAUUUACUUUUUUUUAUGUCCAACCUAUGUUGAUCAAUAUAAAUGAAUCUCGUAAAAGGACAAGAAAAGCAACUGUUUAUUAAAAUGUGUCAAAUGUUUAUAUUAAAGCAUUUUAUACUUUGUAUUACAUAUGGUUAUUCAUAUGGUUAUUGGAAUAUAUACAGUAUAUAUUCCAGAAGAAAAUAACAGAUCAUGCCAAUCUUGAAUACAUGUCAAAUAAAAUGAUUUUUAAAUUCUUAACUA